AUGAACAUUUGCAGUUACAGCCGACAGAGCAAUAGCAGCAGCAGCAACAACAACAGCAGCAGUAGUAGCAGCGGCCACAAGUACUCAGGCUACGACUCGAGGAAGGCCAGCGGCAACAACAGCAUGGCACCUCCCCCUCCCUCUCUCUCGAACAGCAGCAGCAGCAAGAACGUGAGCACCAAAAAUAUCCUCAAUCAAACCUACCCAUCGUACAGCAGCAACACAUCGACUGCCAACAGCCACCCCUACCAACCGCCGCGACAUCAGCAGCAGCAGCAACAACAACAGCAGCAGCACGAUGUGGAGAGACAGCGGGCAGCUGAGAAGAGGAGGAAGAUAGCCAUGACGGUGAACGUCGACAGGACGCAGACGAGUGAUGACCAGCUAAAGAGAGCUCUGAGGAAUUCUGUCGUUGCAGAUGUUGGUGGUGCUGGUGCUACAAAUGGUGGUGGUGGUGGUUCUUCAUCCAAGGGUAGUGGUGCUGUUGGAGGUGGUGCGGGCCGUAGUGGUGGGUCGCUUUUUGGAGGACUGAUCAAGACAAACGCGAACAACGAACUAAAGGACAGACUGGAUGCAAAGUUUGGGAGGUUCCAGGACACGGUGUGGGUCGACCUCCUCGAUGACGCGAGUCGAACCAUCCUCUCCAAGGUCAACCAGCCACAACAAACCUCAAGUCACAGAUCAAUCUACGAUAAGAAUUAUAAUUUGUUCGAGGUUAUGAACUACAGUCAGGCAUCGGCGGCGACAGCCACCAACGCGACAGCUUCGCUGAAGCCGACCACGGCUUCUUCCACGCUGGCUUCCGUUCAAACAUUUGAAUCUAAAUCAUCAUCACAACUAUCAUCUUCGUCAAGCUCAUCGAAAACAAGUAUUACUGAUUCUCAAGCCAAAUCUUCUCGUAGCAGAUCUCAGAUGAGCGCAACCACCAGCAGCAGCAGCAACAACAACAACCCAAACACUGCAACCUCCUUGCCAUCAACAUCUCUAGCGGCAACAAAGAACUCGGUUACCACCAAGCCACAAACAGCCACCGCAACGGCUCGCAAGCCACAAUCGGUCAACCACAACCUGACCACACCGACCACCUCGUCGGCCACUUCAAGUCCUCUUGUAACAAAUGCCCACAUCUCCAGCAAAAGCAAAAACCUAACAAAAGAUACUGCAAAAUCGCUCAGUAACACUAGUAUUAAUAGCAACUCUUCCAGUAAAGUUGAGAGCUCAUUGUCAGCGAAAGAAGUAUGCAAACUGAUCACCAAGAGCAACAGUAGCAGCAGCAGCAGCAACCACAUCAGCGACUUGGUCACCAAACUGAAUAUCAACAAACAAACUGCUCUGGACGUUACUGAGUGCCUCAUCAAUGAUCAACUCUUCCUAAUGCACAUUUAA